AGCCUGCAAUUUCACAUGUUUUAAUAACGACUAUACUAUUUAAAUGUUAGUAAUCAGAUAUCUCCCUAUUUCAAUAUACCGCAUUAAGUCAUAAUGAAAUUCUACACUAGUAAUAUAUUGGGCUACAAAGUCUAAUUGAAACUAAAAAUUGAAAAGAAAUCGGAUAAAGGGUAUAUAUCAUACCAUGAGGUAACUGAAUUAAUGUACGACCCAUAGGAGCCCUGAGCAGAUACAUAUAGAUUGUUGUGAUUUACGAUUUUCUUUUUUCUUUUCGUUUUAGGGUGCAUUGAAGUUUGGAGUAGAAUUUGAACGCUGUGGAAUAAUAAUAAUAGUAAAGAUGUCAUAAUUGUGAAUGUCGGGAUUUCAAUAACAAUACAAACCACCGUGUACCAAUGAAUAUAGAACGUGGAAGAACAAUCUUAUCACCAGCCAUUUUCAUCGGCGAAUCUCUUUAUUGACCAUGAAUAAGAGGCUUAAUUCUGACGUGAAAUAAAACUGGCGAAAGAAGCAAAGAGCAAAUAUCGAUUUCUGAUAUCAAUCAGGCAAUAAAUACAGUUAUGGAUAAUAUUUGUAUUUAAUAAACCCGUUGAACUAUCAUAUUUGUACUCCAGUCGAAGCCACGAAUGCGGAUGGCAUCUAUGUGAAGUGAGUGAAAAACAAACUAGGAGGAUUGGUGGAAUAGUUGAGGAGUUACAAAUAUUUGGUCACUGAAAGUAAACAUAAAGACGGUGUUCGAUCACUGUUAUCAGACAAGGCCAUAGUGUAUAGCGAGUUUGAUAGUUCAUAAUUCAAUAUGGAUAAAAACAACUGCCAUUAAAGGAAUAAACCUGUGCUAAACAAACCGGAAUACAAUAAAAUAAUCGGUCAAUUCAACCUAAUAACGCUAAUCAAAACAUUGAAAACAGGAUACAGUGGCACAGGAAUCAGUUGGUAAAGACCGUACGUUUGGUCACAAUGUGUCCAUGUGGUCAGUUGUGGAUUUCAGGAGAUAAAUAAAAAUGUCAGUGUAUAAGGAUCUUCAUGAUCAUCGGUCAAGCAAUGGACAAAAAAGUGCGCCUGCAAACUUCCAACGACUUGGUCAGUCGAGAAGAAAAGAAGCGGCGAGACGAAGUCUUUUCGACUCUAUAAACACACGAUAUGCGGAUGUUAAUCAUAGUUCAAGCGGUUUCAUUGUUGACCCAUACAGACAAGAUAUUAAACUACCUCGAGUAAAACCAGGCGGAUCGAUCUCCUUAAGACAAGGUGUAAUUUGUCGAAACAGUAUAAGCAAUAGCUCAGGAUCACAUCCGAGUCCUAAUUCUACUUUGGAAAUACAGGAUGAGACUGGGAACGAUCAUGUGUCCAAAUGCGGAAAAUAUCAAAAUGGAAACAUCCGUCGAUCAAACACAAACAAUUUAAGUUUACCUGAAAUAAUCAUGGAAUUUAACUAUGAAACGAAUGCAAAUGCGAAUUCAGAUCGCCUUGUUUUUGCGACGUCGCCUGAAGAUGAGCGAUUGCUUGGUGCCCCAUAUGAGGACUAUUUGAAGGCGACGCAAUUUAGUCGAUUCAAUCCGUGUCGGGCGCGCUAUCGGCCAGUUACGCCCGGUCUUUUAGACACAUUGAAUAAACAGAAACUUCCUUCUCGGGUAAAAACAGAACAGUGGCUGAAAACUACGCAGAGUUUACAAAAAUCGAUCAACUGUGGCCAUCAAUUCAAAACAGAAAACUUGGACUCGUCAAAUCUGGUAUUUCCUAACUGGAUAUACACAGAGUUUUGAGCUGUGCAAUAAACAUUUUUCAGGUGCUAGAUAAAAUAUAUAGAUCAUCUCACACGGAUUAAAGGGCAAUUUGUCGCGUUUUAUUUAUCCAAUGCAAAUAAAAAACGCCUUAAAUGUUGUCAUUUCGAAUGAACAAUGUUCAUUUAUUAAAUUGUAAAUUAUCGAUGUGUUACAUGCAGAAAUAAAUGCGUGCAAUUGGUUUAUUUUAAUACUUUGAUUUAUUAAAGAUUCACCAUUUAAUAACAGUUAUCUUGAGUUGAAGCAUGAAUUUUCAUAAAAUGCUUAUUCCUUACUGUCAUAUACCUGUACAUGUAUUAUGUAUCCGUUAAUAAAACUAAAUAUAAAA